CUUUCUCGAUGAGCACGUCUAAUAGAUACCUAAUACACCACCCUAGCGAUGAUUCUAUCCCUCUUUUCUACUCUAUGAAGAACUGCAUCCUAAUUGCCUGCGCAAUCGAAGGCUGGGACGAAGCAGAAACGUACAGGCUUCGCGCGGAGCAGCUUUAUAAGCAAGGUCUCGGUAAGAUCAAUUCACGCAAGCGGGUACAUACAGCAGCAUCAUUGCUAACUUCAUGCCCCAAAUCAGUAAAAUCCACCCAAGGGAAGGAUCAAAUCUCACUCAUGGCUCUCCGUGAUGUGCGCGAAGAAUUGGAUGAGCUGAGGGCAUUUAGAGAUGAGGAUCUUUAUGGGAUACCAAUCCCUACCGGUGAGGUCUACGAAAGCGGGGACGUAAACGAUCCUGAAGACCUCGAUAUGGAAGACGCUGAAGCAGAGGCGGAUGUUGGCUUUGAAGCUGCUGAAGCUGUUGCCCAAGCAGAGUUUGAGAUCGGCGCCACGGAAAUCUUCCCCAUUCGUGAAAAAUGGCAGACCGACCCCCUCAGUCCCCUCAGCCCGGGCUGCAACUCUUGCCGUGCCUGACGACAAAAAAAAAGGACCGCAGCGACAAGGACAUCAAAGAUAAGUUGGGUCCGGUUCGACGCAUGAAGAGCAUGAAAUUCAGCAUGAAGGGGAAAGGUGGUGGUAAACACGCGAACGAGUUUGCCAAGUCGC